UCCGCUUCGAACGGUCACUAUCCCCCUUAGUAAAUUUGAAGUGCAAACGCAGGUUUGGGCGGAAGAAAAAGAAAAACGAAUCGGAGAGGCGGAACCCGAGAAGUUUUCCGAGAUGAUGAGAAUUUUUGGACGAGGAGGGAAGGAUUCUCCCUCUGAUUCGGCUUCUCCGUCGUCCGAAUCUUAUCCUUCGCCGCCUUCUGCGGCGGCGGCGUCGUCCUCUCCGGUGACGGGGCCCGCGAGGCCGAUUCGACUUGUUUACUGUGAUGAGAAGGGGAAGUUUCGAAUGGAUCCCGAGGCCGUUGCUGCGCUGCAACUCGUGAAGGAGCCGAUUGGAGUUGUUUCUGUGUGUGGCCGUGCUCGACAGGGCAAGAGCUUCAUCUUGAAUCAGCUUCUUGGACGCAGCAGUGGGUUUCAGGUGGCAUCAACACACAAGCCAUGCACGAAGGGGCUUUGGCUGUGGAGUGCUCCUCUGAAGAGAACAGCUCUUGAUGGAACUGAGUAUAAUCUUUUGUUGUUAGAUAGCGAAGGGAUAGAUGCAUACGACCAAACGGGUACAUAUAGCACUCAGAUAUUUUCAUUGGCGGUUCUUUUGUCCAGCAUGUUCAUAUACAAUCAGAUGGGAGGUAUUGAUGAAGCUGCACUCGAUCGUCUCUCUCUUGUAACUGAAAUGACAAAGCAUAUCCGUAUAAAAGCCUCUGGAGGAAAGAGUUCAGCCUCCGAGCUUGGACAAUUCUCCCCCAUCUUUGUCUGGCUUUUGAGGGACUUCUAUUUGGAUCUAGUGGAAGAUAACCAAAAGAUAACACCCCGUGACUAUUUGGAACUUGCAUUAAGGCCUGUUCAAGGUGGUGGGAAGGAUAUUGCUGCUAAAAACGAGAUCCGUGAUUCUAUCCAAGCACUAUUUCCAGAUCGAGAAUGUUUCACCCUUGUGAGACCUUUGAGUAAUGAACGUGAGCUCCAGAGACUUGAUCAAAUAUCGUUGGACAAAUUGAGGCCUGAAUUCAGAGCUGGCUUGGAUGCAUUGACCAAGUUUGUUUUUGAGAGGACAAGACCCAAGCAGGUAGGGCCAACUGUGAUGACAGGUCCUAUUCUUGUUGGUGUUACUCAGUCGUAUCUGGAUGCUUUGAACAAAGGUGCAGUGCCCACCAUAACCUCCUCCUGGCAGAGUGUUGAAGAAGCUGAGUGUCGAAGAGCUUAUGAUUCUGGUGCAGAAGCUUAUAUGUCUGCUUUUGACCGAUCAAAGCCUCCGGAAGAGGGUAUGCUGAGGGAAGCGCAUGAAGAAGCAGUUCAGAAAGCCUUGGCUGUGUUUAGUGCCAGUGCUGUAGGGGCUGGUUCAGCAAGGAAAAAGUACGAUGAUCUCCUCCAAAAGUUUUUCAAAAAGGCAUUUGAGGAUUAUAAAAGAAAUGCUUUCAUGGAGGCAGAUUUGCGGUGUAGAAGUACCAUCCAGAGCAUGGAAAAGCGGUUGAGAGCUGCUUGCCAUGCCUCUGAUGCCAGUAUAGACAAUGUCGUUAAGGUAUUAGAAGUUCUAUUCUCAGAGUACGAUGCGUCCUGCCAUGGCCCAGGAAAAUGGCAGAAACUUGCUGUAUUCUUGCAACAAAGCUUGGAAGGCCCGAUAUAUGAUCUCACCAAAAGGCUUAUAGAUAACAUUGCUUCGGAGAAGAGUUCGCUUGUGCUGAAAUGUCGUUCCGUUGAAGACAAGAUGAAGCUCCUUAGCAAGCAAUUGGAGGAUAGUGAGAAAUACAAAUCGGAGUACCAGAAACGUUAUGAUGAUGCCAUCAAUGAUAAGAGGAAGCUGGCAGAUGAGUAUACAAACCGCAUAACUAAUCUGCAGGGUGAUAACAGUUCAUUGAAGGAGCGAUGCUCUACUCUGUUGAAAACACUAGAUUCUGCCAAACAAGAGAUUACAGAGUGGAAAAGAAAAUAUGACCAGAUUGUUUUGAAGCAGAAAGCGGUUGAAGAUCAGGUUACUUCAGAAAUAGAAGUUCUCAGGUCACGGAGUACAGCUUCUGAAGCAAGGCUUGCUGCAGCUAGGGAACAAGCAAAGUCUGCUCAAGAGGAGACAAAGGAGUGGAAAAGGAAGUGUGAGUUUGCUGUUAAUGAGGCGAAAUCUGCUUUCGAGAAAGCUUCCUCAGUGCAAGAGCGUUCAAGUAAGGAAACCCAGUUGAGGGAAGAUGCUCUUAGGGAGGAAUUUAAUUGCACAUUGGUUGAGAAGGAAGAGGAAACAAGGGAGAAGGCAACAAAACUCGAGCAAGCUGAGCAGUCGUUGACAACUCUAAGACUAGAAUUGAAGGCAGCCGAGUCAAAACUUGAAAGCUUUGAUGUAGAGACAUCAUCACUAAAGCUAGAAAUUAGGGAGUUGGUUGAUAAGUUGGAAAGUGCUAACACCAAGGUGCUAUCAUAUGAACGAGAGGCCUUAAUAUUAGAGCAGGAGAAAAUCCAUCUGGAGCAAAAGUACCAGUCCGAGUUCCAAAGAUUCGAUGAGGACCAAAAGAGAUGUAGAGCUGCUGAAAGAGAAGCUAAACAUGCGACUGAACUGGCAGACAAAGCUCGAGCUGAAGCUGUCACCGCCCAGAAGGAGAAAAGCGAGAUUCAGAGGUUGGCAAUGGAAAGACUGGCUAAGAUCGAAAGAGCCGAGAGGCAAAUGGAGAAUCUAGAGAGACAGAAAACCGAUAUGGAGGACGAGUUGAGCAGACUACGUGUAUCUGAGAUGGAAGCCGUCUCAAAAGUAGCUGUUCUCGAGGCCAGAGUCGAGGAACGAGAGAAAGAGAUAGAAUCGUUGUUAAAGAAAAGUAACGAGCAGAGGGCUCACAACGUGAAAUCACUGGAGAAGCUGCUGGAUGAAGAAAGAGAGGCACAUAUAGCUGCAAACAGAAGAGCAGAAGGUCUUUCUCAUGAGCUGCAAGCUGCACAGGCAAACCUCGACCAGCUUCAACAAGAACUCGCCCAAGCAAGGUUGAAAGAAUCAGCACUCGACAACAAAAUCAGGGCCACGGCUUCCACACGUAGAAAGCGGACAAGAACAGAAGAAGAAGAUGAUACGGGUGGCGUCGGAUCUGACAUGGAAACGAGCGAAGGAGUCAACACGAGGUCGACUAAGAAGACGCGAAGCAGCGCGGCGAUCAACACCCAGACAGAGGAGAGCGGGCAAAGCCAGCAAAACAACGGGGAAGAGGAGGAUUACAGGAAGUUCACAGUGCAGAGGCUGAAGCAGGAACUGACAAAGCAUGAUUUCGGGCAUUUGCUGCUGAACCGAGGCAACCUUAACAAGAAAGAGAUUCUUGCCUUGUACGAAACUCACCUUCUCCAGAAAUCUUGAGUUCCUCCUCUUUUGUACAGCGGUGGAGGUAAGUUAAAACACCAAAGAGAUUUGGAACAGAAUCGGAUUUAGCGAAAGCCUGACUUAGUUGUGUUUCUCUAACUUCGAAGUAAGCAAGUGGUCUUGUUAUGAUUUAGGGUUUAAAGGGAGUGUCCUUGCUUCGGUACUAUCUCUGUGGCUCCUUUUUUUUUUUGGACUUUUGACUUCGAUAUGAUUUUUUUUUUUGCUCUACUUUGACCCGUUUUUUUUGUUUUCUUUUUGGUGUCGUCGGUCGUAGAAAUGAUUCUAGAACUUUUACUUUUUAUAUAUUAUUUCUAUAUAUUUAAAAAUGGUCUGAUUGUA